GGCAGUACAAAUACUAGCAACCUUAUUUUAUUUCCUGUUAUGAGAGUCAUUACUACCCAUGGCAUGGCUAGUGGUUAACAAGCUAACAUUGGCUAGCUAGGCUAGGCUAACAUUAUUCUGUGCGGUCUGUCUACACUACAGUAAUAAUAUAACUUAUCGGAUUCAAAAUAUUCUCUCACUUUAAAACUCCCAGAAUAUUACACAAGUCUGCUAAAAUGGAGGUCCUGUCGCAUCACCUCUGGUCGAGGGUCUUGUGCCGUCUACCCAGAGUCCUGAACACUUCCUGUAAAAGCCAUUCAAGCUGUGCUGCUGGACAUGCCCCAAAGCCAACUCCAACUGACUCCAUCAACCGACAGAGCACAUACCUUCCCUUAGUCUCGCGUCUCUUCCAGCCCUCCAACCUGCGUGAUGUGGCCCAGGAGAGCCAUACACAAGGGGAAAUGACCUGCAAGAGCCAAAGACUGAUGCUGCAGGCAGGUCUAAUCCACCCCUCUAAUCCUGGAUGCUACUAUUACCUCCCAGCUACAGUGCGCUCCAUAGAGAAGCUAGUGAGGUUGAUUGACCAGGAAAUGCAGGGGAUCGGCGGGCAGAAGCUGGACAUGCCCAGCCUGUGUUCGGCCGACCUGUGGAGACGCAGUAACCGCUGGGACCUGAUGGGGAAAGAGCUGUUCCGCCUUAGGGACCGCCACGGGGCUGAGUACUGCCUGGGACCCACCCAUGAGGAGGCUGUGACAGAGCUGCUGGCCUCCCAUGGAAUCUUGUCCUACAGACAACUUCCUCUGCUGCUCUACCAGAUCACCCGCAAGUUCCGUGAUGAGCCAAAGCCACGGUUUGGGCUUCUACGGGGGCGGGAGUUCUACAUGAAGGACAUGUACACGUUUGAUGUGAGCGAGGAGGCUGCAUACCAUACUUACGAAUCUGUGUGUCAGGCUUACGCUCGCCUCUUCUCUCGGUUAGGCCUGCCUAUUGUCAAGGUCCAGGCUGACACGGGGAACAUUGGAGGUAAGCUCUCCCAUGAGUUCCAGCUCCCAGCAGAAAUUGGAGAGGACAGACUACUGGUCUGUGAUAGUUGCUCCUUUUCUGCCAACGUGGAGACCAUGGAACCAGGUCAAACUGACUGUCCACAGUGCCAGCAGAGCACCUUGGUGGAGACCAAGGGUAUAGAAGUAGGUCAUACCUUCUACCUAGGCACUAAGUACUCCCACGUAUUCAAUGCUACAUUCAACAAUUCCCUUAACAAGCCUGCUGUCACUGAGAUGGGCUGCUUUGGGCUGGGAGUGACCCGGAUCCUUGCUGGAGCCAUUGAGGUCAUGUCCAAAGAGGAGGCUAUCCACUGGCCAGGACUGCUUGCCCCCUAUCAGGUCUGUCUUCUACCCCCCAAGAAGGGUAGUAAGUUGGAUGAGGUGGCUGGUUUAGCUGAGGAGCUGGCUCUCACUCUGGGAGAGGCUCUACCAAGGCUAAAGGGAGAGGUGGUUCUGGAUGACCGCAUCCAGAUGACUAUUGGUAAGAGGCUGAAGGAUGCAUAUCGGCUUGGAUACCCGUAUGUGGUGGUAGUGGGUCAGAAGGCUACAGAGGAGACACCCAGAUUUGAGGUGAUAUGUCAACAGACUGGUGAGACAAUGUUCCUUAAUAGGGAUGGACUGUUAGACCUACUCAGAUGUGUGGAUACAGUCUGAGUUGGACUGAUGUUGACUUGAAACUGGAUUAUAGUAGUGAACUCCACGGAACUCCGCUCCUGUGAAAUAGACAUGCUGGUUGUAUGGUGGGAUGAUGACUUGGUAUUGAAGAGCCUGCUGCUCAAUCUACUAAAACCAGUAUAAGUGAUGCAAACUGAGCAUGAAUGAAAUUAAAUAAUUAUAAGGGGAUGAACAUGCAGGUGUUUUUCUUUUUUUUUCCAGAGUGGGGUAGAACAUAUCUAUCCUUGUUCUCAAAUGACAGAGAAAAUAUUUUGUUCACUAGACAUGUAUGUUUAAUUUAUGUCAUCAAAUCAAUAAAUGCAUUUAU